CUGCUUGGGAGGCCUUUGCCAGGCGGAAGAUACAAAGUCCAGCACAGACGGUGUACGAGGAGCAGUAUCCCACUGAGCGCCAUGUCACAGCCGCCCACCCUCGAUCAGCCCCCUGCUGAUGUUUUAACAGAUGAUUGUCUCCCUGAAUACUCAUACAUGUACAGCCCAACCCUGCUCAGUGGGAGAGUGGCCUUCAUCACAGGUGGGGGAUCCGGCAUUGGCUUUCGGAUUGCUGAAAUAUUCAUGAGGCACGGCUGUGACACUGUUAUCGUCAGCAGGAAUCUACAGCGGGUGUCUCAGGCGGCUGAGAAACUGCAAGCAGUUACAGGGCGGCGCUGUCUACCCCUGGCGGGUGAUGUCCGUAAUCCAGAGACUCUGACUGCUGCUGUGGAUGAGGCCCUGAGAACCUUCUCCAGGGUGGACAUUCUGAUCAACAAUGCCGCUGGAAACUUCCUCUGCCCUGCCAGUGCGCUCUCUUUUAACGCCUUCAAAACGGUCAUUGAUAUUGACACAGUGGGCACGUUUAACGCCAGCAAGAUCCUGUUUGAAAGGUUCUUUAGGGAUCAUGGAGGAGUCAUUAUCAACAUCACUGCCACAUUGAGCUACAGAGGACAAGUUCUGCAGAUGCACGCGGGCAGUGCCAAGGCAGCUAUCGAAGCCAUGACCAAGCACCUCGCCGUGGAGUGGGGACCCAGCAGGGUGCGGGUGAACAGUUUAGCACCAGGUCCCAUUUCUGGCACUGAAGGCAUGCGCAGGCUCGGAGGAGCAGAAUUGGAGGCCGCAAGUUAUUCAUCGUCAAUUCCCUUGCAGCGACUAGGAAAUAAGACAGAAAUGGCACAUGGAGCCCUUUUUUUGGCAAGCCCCCUGGCAUCCUACAUGACGGGCACCACACUGGUGUUAGAUGGCGGAUCGUGGCUGACAUCUCCCAAUCAGUUGACAGCUUCGCUGGGUACCCGUCCUUCUCCUCACCUAUAGAUGAUGCCGCCCAGGCAUGGUAACUUUGGACCUCCAAAAUGAAGGAAGGCAAAUGAAAUAGAUGGAACUUCCAUCAUCGUGAUCCAGCCAAUCUUUUCCUUGGAUUCAUUGCUCAUUUUACCGUCACUGGCUGCUGAACAUGUACAGCCAGUCCCAGCACAGAGUUAAUCCUAAAAUGUAUAUGUCGAGCAUUUUGGGAUUUUUUUUCCUAGUUUGUUGCAAAAUUGGAAGUGCUUCAAACUGGGUUUUUUUGCCUUCUUUUUGAUCAACAGCAAAAAACAAAUAUCAGGAAGGCUGAACUUGAUGGACACACGUCUCUUUUCAGCCUAUGUAACUAUGUGCAAGGCUAUAUGUAUCUGGAUGAUGGCAGAGCCCAAGUAAAAGGAAAGAAAAACAGAAAAAAAAAAUCAUAACAAAGUCGAUUUAAAGGGACACUCCGCGCACGUAAAGCACUUCAGCUUGCUCAUGUGCUUUCUCUGUCUGGAGUUGGUCAUAUUUGUGACAGCUUAAAAAAUUGCUGUUUUUAAUAGAGAUCGACACUUUUAUAUUGUCGUAAUAUUAAAUUAGACCUUGAGAAUAGUUGCAUUUCUUGAGCACAAAACGAUAAACCUACUGAGACCGUUUUUUGUUUUGGGGUGGUGGGGGUUACUACUUGUACACGAGCUGACAGUAGUUACAUUUUUUUUAAAAAUUCUUUGCAAUUUAAACUUCCACCUAAAAUGCUAUGUCCAUAUAUUCUUCUCCAGAACUAUAAUCUCACUUUCAGAUUUUCCAUGUUUCUUUAAGUAGGGGCUCCAUCAAAAAGGGAAAGUUGUGUAUUCCAUGUGUAGACAACACUAAUUCACUUUGAAUUCUUGACAUUUCACACUUUUGUGAAUAACUGACAAUUUUGUUGAGACAGGAUUUUUUAUCGGGCCUCAAACUGCAAGCAUUGAACUGAUUGUAAAUGUGAAUUAUUUCCUUAAUUAAAAACUUUUCAAACUCGCAA